AUGAUGCCCGGUAGGGCCCAACGGCCAACAUUUGUUCCACCAACAUCCAUGCGGAAUCCAGUACGUGGCUCGUCGAAAGGAUCCAUUCCCAGUGCCGAUAAUCCAGAUUUUGACCAUGAUCGCAAAAAGAAGGACAUUCACAAUGGGAUUGAACGCCUUCGUCGCAAUAAUAUCAAAGACCGCAUCAACGAAUUAGGGCUUUUGCUGCCUAAAGAAGCCUCCAAAGAGAUGAAGCUGAACAAAGGGACGAUUCUCAAAGCAUCUUGUGACUACAUUCGACAAUUGGAAAAGGGUCAAUAUCAACAACAGAACAAAUUGGAAAGCGCUGCGAAACAGUACGCCGAUCGAGUCAGGGAACUCGAGGAGAUCUUGGCAAAGAAUGGCCUCAGGGCGCCCACCAAAGUUCUUCCCCCACUCCCAGCCAUCCCCUCCGCUUCUCAACCAUUCAGACAGGAGAUCCAAGAGAGUCCAAAUCAAACCCCAUGCGGAUCACUUGAAAGCGAUUGCUCAACUCUCUCU